GAGUUGUUUUGAUCGGGUUCUCGGUUCUCGCUCGUUCGAAAAGUUAGUGAAAUUUUCCUUUUUCCGGACAAGAAAUCAAAUUUAUAGGCCCCGGAAAUGGCCACAGCUUCAGCAGCUCCCGCACCGUUACGCCCAUGGAACUCGGCACUCAAGCAUACCGAUCGGGAACGAUGGAUUUGCAUUUAUCCAGCUUAUAUCAAUAGGAAAAAGACUCGUCAGGAAGGACGGAGAAUUCCAAAGGAGUGUGCCGUCGAAAAUCCGUCGUUCCAGGAAAUUCGAGAUGUUUUACAGGUGUUGAACCUCAAUGUAAUCGUUGAAAACAAACAGUACUCCCGGGAGAAGAGUAAGGAACUUGCCUUCCGCGGUCGAAUCCGUGUUCAACUUAAGCAAAAUGAUGGCAAACCGGUCCUGCCGGAAUAUCCAACCCGGGACAGUAUUCUGUUGUAUUUGGGAAAAACAAUUCCGCAGCUGAAGACCCGGCAGGGCAAACCUACCGAACCUGCCCAGCAGCAAGCAUCUGGAAGUUCCGGAGGCGGAGGCGGUGCAAGUGGUGGUGGGGGCAGCAGCGGCGGAGGAUCAUCCCACAAAAAGGGAAAGGGAAAGAGACGUUAACAUUGAGCAGUUUUGCCUUGGUUUGGAUUUCGGUUGGUGAGUUUAUUAUUCUUUUUUGUUUCUUCAAAGCUUUUUUUAUUUUAUUUUCA